AUGAGAUUGUCGACAAUAGGAGCAGGCCUUAUUGCCUGCCUGGCGACCAAUGUUGCCGCCACGGCUCUGACCUACAAGCUCGACGCCAACGAAAAGGCAUGCUUCUAUACGGAGACCAAAAAGGAUAACGAAAAAAUUGCAUUCUACUUUGCGGUCCAAUCUGGCGGCUCUUUCGAUGUCGACUACAUUGUCGAGGGUCCCAAUGCCAAGAUGAUCUUGCAAGGCGAAAAGGAGCGACAGGGCGAUUUCGUCUUCACCGCUCAGCACGCUGGCGAAUACUCGUUCUGCUUCAAUAACGAGAUGAGCACCUUUGCCGAGAAAUAUGUCGAUUUCGAGAUUUCGGUUGAAAAUGAAGCCCGAACUGCUCAGCUGCCUUCCAAGCAAGGCACAUCCCCCGAACAGACCUCUGUCCUCGAGGACUCUAUUUUCAAGAUAUCCAGCCAGCUGUCCACCAUUUCACGAAACCAAAAAUACUUCCGCACUCGUGAGAACCGCAACUUUUCUACUGUCAACAGUACCGAGAAGCGAAUUGUCAACUUUAGCGUCAUUCAAAUUGGCCUAAUUAUUUGCAUGGGCGCUUUGCAGGUGUUCGUUGUCAGAUUCUUCUUCCAGGGCGCGCGCAAGGGCUACGUUUAA